AUUAGAAAUACAAUACGGGAACCAUAAAAUUUACUUCCAAUUUCUUUUAAAAACUGUCAAAACCAAGAAAAAACAAUUCCACAACACAGUGUUUUCAAUAUUGACAAAGGUUACAAGAGCUGACAACUCUCAAAAUUAUAAGAAAGAAUUAUUUUCACAAAAUAUCGAAACUACGCCAGAAAAUUUUAUAUUUUUACAUUGCGAACAUAUACAUAUUUAGUAUUUCAGAAGUGACCAAAGUGCUCGUCGGCUUAAUCGUCUGCUUCGGUGCUUCCCACAUAGGUCUUUCUUGAAUUUUUUAUUUGGAACAGCAGCGAAUCAAAGUGUGUGUAGUGUGUGUUGCCAACGUUAGUCGUCAACAUCAAUGCGGCGUGCGCCUCGGCCACUGGACUUUCCAGCCCUAGAUUUACGCGCAUGUAAUUUUGAAGUGGAGAAGCAGACCCAACAAGAGCAGUAUUCAGAUGCCGAUGCGCGGAUGCCAGUUAGCUCAUGUUAUGGUGGCUUUAAACGCAUACAAUCACCGAGGUCACCAGCAAUGGCAUGUGGAAAAAAAAUUUCGAGUUCCGAUCAAAGCGUAAAUCAUGGGCUUCAUCGCAGUUGGAGCAUGAUCGAUAUACCAACAGCGCGUCCAAACCCAUUGAGGCUAAGUGCUGGUUGCGAUCACUUCAGCUGUGAAGAUGAGGAAGAGAAAAAAUUCUAUCAAUCCCUUGAUCCGAGCGUAGAUUAUGAUGAAUUUGAUCCAGAACCACCACAACCGACUAGACAACAGACAGCUCGACUGCGCGCUGGUUCCCCAAACAAUUACAACAGGUCAUUCGAUCAAAACACGCAAAAUUUCUCAUCAUUCUGUCCAACCGGUGGGGCUGGCCCUGCUGUUGCAAGUAGUCCGUAUCCAUCAUCGCCGACACGUCGUUCGUCUUAUGAUCAGUACUCAAGCAUACAGCCAAGGCAUCCGUCCACUAUCGAUCCAGAGUUAUCGUCUUUUUUUACACCAAUGGCGCAAUCAUCACCCAUGAGGCAGCCCUCACGAGCACCGACAUCCACACGGUAUUCUCUAGAUGCCUCCAAUAUUUCAUAUGAGCAACCUAGACGCAGUCACCGACCACCAGCAUCAAUGAGCAGCACACGCUACAAGGGUCUGCCGGGACAGCCUUUCAGGAUGCCGGGACUAACACCGCAAGCAAUGCCCACGCAAUGGAUGUCACUACCCGGCAACAUGCAAUCCUCAUUUCUAGAACAGCCCUCCAUUGGGCAGCCCAGGAAUAUGGAGCGGUCUCUAGCAUGCCCCAGGAAGGAUGAGGAUACUUGCAUCAAAGACAUUGCGAGUUUUCCUUGUGAAGUUAGUGAAAGUAAUGAGGAAAAAUUUCCGGCGCCACGUUGUAAGCCACUUGACCCGGAAAUUGCAAAGAAACUAUGCUGCAAUUUACCACCAUUCAAAAUACCACGCGGCACGGCGGAUGAUUUCAUUUGUAUUAAACAGCGCGAACAAUGGGAGGCUCUGGUCAAGGAUCAAGAUUGCCCGGGCGCCAUACAGUCCACAAUAGAUGGUAUCGUCAAUUUCAAUGUUCUUGCAUUGGAUAUUGUUUUUGGUGAGACACGCCUACCCGAUUGCUUGCCGAUAGUGGAGCCGAUCACCCUGCUCGAAGCGUUCUGUAAGCGCAUCAACUACGAUCGCUGCCAAUUGAAAAAGUUGGAGAAAUCGGCUUAUAAUAAAAACAAUCAAGAUGAUGAGCCACUUAGAACUCCGCCACCGAAUGAUGACUAUUCAAUAAUUGAAAAAUGCUUUAAACACAAAUAUACGACCGAGCUCAAUGUGGCGAUAGAGAAUCUUUUGAAGGCGGAAAAAGGUUUCAAUUUCGAUAAUCCAAAUCCGGAAGUACCAUCUAUGAAUUUGGCAUUGGAUAAAACCAGCACUGAUUUGCCGGGUAUACCCAUAUCCAUACAAGCCUUUACGGGAACCACCAGGCCGCGUGAUUGAGUUUGGAGAAAACGAUCUUCAAAAGUAAAAACUUAGUAAUUAAUUUGUAUACACAACAAAACUAUUAUUUUAUAUUGAUAUAUUUUAUUAAAUAUUUUAUAAAAGCUGUCACAUAGAAACUUAUACAAAUUAAUUCGCUAAUUUUUGUAAAGAAAUAAAU